CUCAGAGCAGCGUUUCAUAUUUCUAAGACCAGUUCUGGGUUUUAUUGCGCUAAUUUAUGCGUCUUUUUAUCGGACCGCGCCCUGCAUCACCAUGGUGAACCUCUGCUGUCUCUGCUGCGGUCAACUCCCGGCUGAACCCCGCCCCCCUCCGCCCCCAGCAGGAGCACCGCGGGACUCCCGCACCGCACCUCACCGCAGCAUCAUCAUCAUCAGCAGCAGCAGCAGCAGCAGUCUGCUGGACCAGAAUCUGAUGCGGGACGCAGCGGGACCCGGAAGGAGGAUGCAAACGGAGGGAAGAAGGUAAAACAGGAUGCAUGAGAGGACAUGCAAAGCGCUGCAGCAUGCUCUCCUCUGACCAGGACUCCGCGGAAGAGGCGCCCAGUGUUCCCAGUGCUGCUGAGGAAGAAGAGCAGGAGGAAGACUCACCUGCAGACAGCGAUCUUCCAGAAGUGCAGCGGCCGGUCCAGCAGUCCCUGGGUGCCUGCGUCUGCCGGGAGUCCCACUGGCGCUGCCUGCUGCUCUCCGUCCUCAUGAUCAGCUGCCUGGCCGCGCUGGCUUGGUGUCAGCUGACUCGGGUCACCAAGAUCAGCUUCACCUCCAACUUCCCCUCCACCCUGCGGGGCGGCGGACACUCCAUGAUCUACCACGACAGCCCGUGCUCGGACGGGUACGUCUACAUCCCGCUGGCCUUCCUGCUGCUGCUCUACGGGUUGUACAUGGUGGAGUGCUGGCACUGCAUGGCCCGGAACCAGCUGCAGUCCAAAGCGGAUGUGGACAGCGUGUACGAGCGCGUGCUACGCAUGCGUCAGGCACAGCCGUGCAUAUGGUGGAAGGCCAUCAGCUACCACUUCGUCAGACGGACGCGGCAGGUGACAAGGUACCGCAAUGGGGACGCCUAUACCACCACGCAGGUGUACCACGAGCGGGUCAACACCCACGUGGCGGAAGGGGAGUUCGACUACGCCCACUGUGGGAUGAAAGACGUGUCGCGGGAACUUACGGGCCUGGAGGGUCACCCCACAACCCGCCUGCGCUUCACCAAGUGCUUCAGCUUCACGGAGGCCGGUCCAGAGAACGACUAUCUCAACCAGAGGUCCCGGUUCUUCUCCGAAACAGAAGGUCUGGACGACUACAUGGAAGCUCGGGAGGGGAUGCAGCUGAGGAACGUGGACUUCCGGGACAACAUGAUUGCCUGCGUUGACCCGGACCGGAUGCCGUGGUACACGUCUCGGGUGGCCUUCUGGUUGGCGGCGCUGCUCAUGCUCUCCUGGCCUCUCAGAGUCUUCAUCGAGUACCGAACGGCGUAUGUCCAUUACAGGGUGGAGAAGCUGUUUGGGUUGGAGUACAUCUGCAGCAGUCCGUCCCCGCUAAACGAAGUUAGCUGCGGUAUUCCCAGAGUGGACACCCUGGACAGCACGGAGAUGGAGUGGCACAUUCGCUGCAACCGCCAGCUCAUCCCCAGCUACUCGGAGGCCAUGCUCAUCAGCGCCAACACCGCGACCCCCGCCUCCUCCACCCGCUUCCUGUUGGACCCCGGAGCGCCCCUGAACCGGGACGACGGUCCAGGAGGUAGGAGGAGGACGGUCGCCAGCUCCAGCUGCUCCUCUGGGUUCUCCUGCCACGGGGCGCUGCUGCUGUCCCGCCUCUCCUCCGACACGUCCCAUGUGUCGCUGUGCCGCAUGUACGGCUCCCGUCGCACUGUGGCUCCGUGGAGGAGCCGCAGCAGCAGCUUGUCGGACCCCUGCUGCCUGGACGAGCAGUGCUGUAGGUCCAACUCCAGCCAGCUGGCGCUCAGCGACAGUCCGCCGACCUACAGGGACGCCCGAUUCUUCCCAGCUCUCAUCGUCCACUGGUCUGAGUCCGGAGAGGACAGAAGGCGGUAUUACAUCAGGAGAGGCUCAUCAUGUGUGGAGACAGCGUUGUAGAGAAACUGGACCCAAAAGUGAAAGUGUAACCAACCCUUUUGUGAAAGCUUAGCCCCGCCCCCAAACAGAUUUUUUUUUAAUAUCCACUGAAGUGGGCGGAGCCAAAAUAAAUAAAAAAUUAUGGGGCGUGUCCAAAUGAAGGGAGGAGCUGAGGGGUGUGGCCAAGACGAGGGAAAGAACCGUUGCUGACUUACUGACUUUGUUUUAGAGACUUUUAUGGUGACAACAAACUAUCUAAGUUUAUACGAAACACUUGUCAUCAUUCAAAUAAAAAAUGAAAUCAUUGCCAUCUACAGUCAGAGCAGAGAGGAGACCAAUUUCAGUCUGAAUCCACAUUGGAAAUGAAUCAGACAUGAGUUUUAUGAGAAACACCACCGAUCAGUCCCAGCCCCUGACUCGCCACCAGGGGGCGCGUCUCUGACUGUGAUAAUUUUAUGGGUUUGUGUGACAAUUGUUGGUUACAACAAUUUUCCUGUUGUUGWAACCAAUAGUAAAAUURGACUGCAGUAGCUGCUGUUGAACCCACGAGGGCAGCACUGAGACGGUUUUGAAUAAUAAUAAUAAUAAUAAUAAUAAUAAUACAUUUUAUUUCAAAGG